UAGGGAGGAUGUUGGUGGCUGCCAGGUCCCUUCUCCGGUGCCGCUCUCUCUCCUCUCUUUCAGUUUCCAGACAUCUACACACCACUCCCUCCCAAUCUGAACAGGGUGGUAGUCUCACUUCUUAUCAGCAACUCAAGAAAUCUUUCUGGCCAGCAGAUCGGCCACACAUCCGGAGAAAAGUAGUGGCUGUUGGGGGUCUGAUUGUUGCUUCAAAGUUAGCUAACACUAGUGUACCGCUGAUCUUCAGAGAGAUUAUAGACUAUUUUAACGUUCCGUUAGAUGUGGAGCAUAUUCCCCAACUGGUAAUAUUAUCCGGAACAACUGUAGCCUCGUGGGUCCUUAUCUACGGAGCCAUGCGAGCUUUAUCUCCAAGUCUGAACGAGUAUAAAAACGCAGUAUUCUCCGUGGUAGCACAGAGUAACAUCAGGACAGUAUCUCAGCGCACAUACGACCACCUGCUUGAUCUGGACCUCUCAUUUCAUCAGAACAGGAAAACAGGACAACUCUCUCGUGUGAUAGACCGUGGCACGCGGGGCGCUGACAGUAUUCUGCGCGCACUGGUAGUGAACGUAGUACCUACGGUUCUGGAGCUGUGUCUGGUGCUAGGAGUGUUGUGGGCUAGUGUGGGGUUUGAAUACACUGCUAUCUGCUGUCUCACCACUGCCUCUUACAUCGCCUUUACCUACAGUGUCACGGUGUGGAGAACACAAUUCAGGAAAAUGAUGAACAAAGCUGAUAACGAGAUCGGCUUCAAAUCAUUCGAUACUUUGAUAAAUUACGAGACAGUGAAGUAUUUCAACAACGAGAAGUACGAAGGAGAUAACUACAGUAAACUGCUAGCGAAGUUCGAGCAAGGCUCUCUCAAGACACAAAGCUCACUAUCCCUGCUGAACAGUGGACAACAAAUCAUCAUAACCCUCGGAAUAACAGCGAGCAUGUACCUGGCUGUCAACCAGAUAUUAUCCGGUAACAUGUCUGUAGGUGACCUGGUCAUGAUCAACCUGCUCCUGAUCCAGGUGGCUCAACCUCUAAACUUCCUGGGCAGCAUCUACAGGGAUAUCCAGCAGUCUCACACUGAUAUGAGAAAGUUGAACGAGCUGCUGUCUAAUAGUCCAGGUAUGCAGGAUAGUCCUGAUGCUGUGGCGGCUGCUGAACCUUGCAAGGGAGAUAUCGUGUUUGAUAAUAUAUCGUUCGGCUACACUCCUGGUAAAAUGAUAUUAAAGGAUCUGAGCUUUACUGUACCUAGUGGAAAGACUGUUGCCAUUGUUGGGGGAUCUGGUUCGGGCAAGUCUACUAUUGUGAGGCUGCUGUAUCGUUUCUACGAUCCUAACUCUGGAGAUAUCAAUAUCGGGGGAGUGUCCCUGAAAUCUCUGCAGCUUGAAGAUUACCGGAGAAAUGUGGGUGUGGUCCCCCAGGAUUGUGUUCUCUUUAAUGACAAUAUCAGAUACAAUAUCCAGUACGGUGACACGAGCGCCUCUGAAGAGGACAUUGUCAAGGCUGCUAAACUAGCGGAUAUUCACCAUGCUAUUGGGACAUUCCCAGAGGGGUAUAACACAUUGGUGGGCGAGCGUGGGCAGAUGUUAUCCGGGGGAGAGAAGCAGAGGAUUGCACUUGCGCGCGCUGUGCUGAAAAAUGCACCAAUACUGCUGUACGACGAAGCAACCUCCUCCUUGGACAGUCUGACAGAGCACAAUAUCUUAGAGUCCCUUCACACCGUAUCUGCCGGUAAAACUAGUAUUUUCAUUGCUCACAGACUCAGCACAAUAAUGGACGCUGAUCAGAUUUUGGUGUUGCAGGACGGCGCUAUUGCGGAGCGCGGCACUCACAAACAACUUCUCAACAAUCCUGAGUCAAUGUACUCUGAGAUGUGGAAUCAACAAAUGGCUAAUGAUCAAUAGCAUAAUUUAUUUGAUGUUUCUUUUAGGUUUGAUUUUGGUAGAAAUUUAUUAUCGAAUGAAAAGUUGUGGUAAUUUUUGUGGGACCACUUACCAAGAUAAAUGAAAGCUGAUGUAUUAAAAUGAGUGACAAUUUUCUUUGUCGCACUAAAACGCAGCUAGUUUUAAAACUAUUUAUGAAGCAUUUUUGUAGAGCUCGGUCGCAUAUUUUAAAACGAUACGGAUACUGGAUAGCCGCUCAUGAAAUUUUCUUGGAGCUCGGCCAGAUUUUUAUCACACUGUUGCAGUAUUUAAGUUUAACUAGUGCAACGGGGAAUAAUGCAACAAGAUGUGCCCGUUAUGGAUAACUAUAAGUGGAAAUAUUUACUCGACCCGACUUAUUUGACUGUUAUACAGUUUCAAGUUAUUUUCAUAUGGACUUUCCCAUAAAA